UGCUCUAGAAUAUCUCAUAGUUUCAUUGAAAGUUUUUGGAGUUCUGUGGAGAAAGUGAAACAUUUGUCAACAUUUUUGAAUUGCGAACUACCGAAAGCGUCGAAGUCGCAUUAUGAGUCCGAGGCAUAACCACGGAGGAAUGGAUUAUUUCCAGGACGACGAUGUCACGCUGCAUCCUCACCGCGAUCCCAUCCACAGGGUGGCUCAUGACUCUGGCGGGCACGGGGGUCAUGGGGGCAUGACCAUGUUCUUCCACGGUGGCUACACGGAGACUAUCCUGUUCAAGUUCUGGCACUGCGACACUCGGCUGGCGUUGGCCGUCUCCUGCCUGGGCAUCUUCAUGGUGGCCAUUCUCUACGAAGCGCUCAAGUUCUUGCGCGAAUAUCUGUUUCGGCGUCGCAGGCGGCGGAUAGUGGGGGGCUUCGACCGCUACAGUCCGCCCCAUUACCGUCACUACAACUACUACGACUACUAUCCGCAGCCCCAAGUAUACACAGGCACAGCCACAGCCACCGCCUCAGCCACAGCCACUGUUAAGGCGGCAGGACGUACAGGCGUAUGUGUAUCACCCGCCCCCGGUGCGCCGAGCAUCGCCGGCACCACCGACACCACCGACUACUGCUACAUACAUAUCGGAUGGGGAGUCCACAUCCACGCUGGGGGACCUGGCCAUUCCUCAUCCAGUGAUCACACCGUGCCGACAUCUGCCCCCAAUCCUGCACCGACAUCGGACGCUCGAGCUACUCCCACAACGGUCGUCCCAGCAGUGUCCGUAGCGAGCGCUCAACGGCCGAAGACCACAUCGGGCGUUAAAAUCGCUAAGACCACAUCGGGUUCUGUAGCCUGGCCGCGGUUCGGCGUAUCAGGCACGCGCGGCUCGCGCGGCCAAGCACUGUCCACAUCGAGCGCCCAAGGAGUGCCAGCGGCAAACGCCCAUUCGCACAUUCAUCCGCCAGGUCCGCCGGGCCCAGGCCGGCCGCUGCCGGCUGUGGAGAGCCAGGAGACGAGCGAGACCUUCACGUGGGAUUUUUAUCUAUCACCACUGCACAUGGCCCAGACCUUUCUACACAUGCUGCAGGUGCUGAUCUCAUUCCUGCUGAUGCUCGUCUUCAUGAGCUUCAAUGUGUGGCUCUGCAGCGCCGUGCUGCUCGGCGCGGGAGUCGGCUACUUCCUCUUCUUCCCCCUCAGCAACAGUGUCCAGGAGCACUGCAACUGAGUCCCGAGUCCCGAAUCCUUGUUCCAUGUUCCAUGUU